AUGGAGACCAGUCUGGGCUUUUUUCCUGGCUCACAAUUUACUCUUUCUACCUGGCUUAUUCUAUCAUCCUUAUAUUUUAUUCCAUAUGCAAAGGCAGAUAUAACUUGCGCAACAUGCGUGUCGCCAAUGCAAAUGUACAAUGGAGGAAAUGUGUAUUUGCGCGACCCGCCCGAUUUGGGGAAAAAUCUACGACAGGAUCAAAAGAAACCCAAAAUGACAACAGAUCUUUACCCGAAUAUUGGAGUACCCGAUGGAAGCGCGGUGGAUGAUUUUCCUGAAUGGGAAAGGGACGCGAACGCAGAGGAGCUAAAUUCCCGUGCGCCUGUGGAGAACUUCACUGAGUCCGCUUUGGACGAAGAAUUCUUUUCGGAUGAAUAUAUGGGAAGUGAAUCCGACGUAAAUCAAAAGUACGCCGCUUUAAGGAGAGUCCAAAGAAGCGUUCCGGAGCAGCCCGAGUUUGUGGAGAGCGCACAGAGGAGCGGUGAUGCCCGCUCGGAGGAGCAGAGAAAGAGCACUGUUCUGCGACUGGACAGGCAGAGUAAACGUGCCGAAGUUCGCUGGAACAGAGAUGACGAGGAGGAUGAUGGCAAAGUAUCGGAUUCCAGACCAGACGAACCCAAACUGGCCAGCAGCACUUUUGCACUGGCUGGAGACUCCGCGCACAACCACGCAGUCGUUUACUGGUCCGGCAAGAACAGCAGCGUGAUUCUGAUCCUCACCAAGCUGUAUGACUUUCACCUUGGCAGUGUUACAGAAAGCACUCUAUGGAGAUCAACAGAUUAUGGAAGCACAUAUGAGAGACUGAAUGAUAAAGUGGGAGUCAAGAUCGUUCUGAGUUACCUCUAUGUAUGCCCUACCAACAAGAGAAAGAUAAUGGUGCUGACUGACCCAGAGUUUGAAAGCAGUGUUCUCAUCAGUUCAGAUGAAGGUGCAAGUUACCAGAAAUACCGCUUGAGUUUCUACAUCUUAAGUCUUCUCUUCCAUCACACACAAGAGGAUUGGGCAUUGGCCUACAGCCACGACCAGAAGCUAUACAGCUCAUUUGACUUUGGUCGAAAGUGGCAGCUAGUUCACGAGCGAGUGACUCCGAACCGCUUCUACUGGUCAGUAACAGGUCUGGACAAGGAAUUAGAUCUUGUGCACAUGGAAGCCCACACUCCUGAUGGCCACUGCCAGUAUGUGAUAUGCAGGGCUCAAGCCUGUUCUGAAUCCAGUAAGACAUAUCCAUUCCCCAGCUAUAUUGAGACCAACUCACUUGUGGUUCAGGAUGAAUACAUGUUCGUGCAGGUAACGACAUCUGGUCGAGCGAGUUACUAUGUAUCCUAUCAAAGGGAACCUUUUGUACGCAUUAAAAUUCCUAAGUACUCCUUGCCUAAGGACAUGCAUAUUGUAAGCACGGAUCAGGGCCAGGUUUUCGCCGCUGUCCAGGAGUGGAACCAGAAUGACACCUAUAACCUGUACAUAUCUGAUACGUGCGGGGUGUACUUCACCUUGGCCCUGGAGAACAUCAGGACAAGCCGUGGCCUCAGUGGCAACAGCAUGAUCGACCUUUACGAGGUAGCAGGGAUUGAAGGUAUGCUCAUCGCUAAUAGGAAGGUGGACAACCAGGUAAAGACGUACAUCACUUACAAUAAGGGCCACGACUGGAGGCUUCUGCAGGCGCCCAAUACGGACCUGGCAGGAAAUCAGAUUCAUUGUGUCCUGCCAUUCUGUUCCCUACACCUACAACUGCAGAUGUCGGAGAAUCCAUACCUUUCAGGCUCUAUAUUCACAAAGAGCUCGGCACCUGGAAUCAUAGUGGCUACAGGAAAUAUUGGCUCCGAACUGUCUUAUAACAAUGUGGCGAUGUUCAUUUCAUCAGAUGCAGGAAAUAACUGGAGACAGAUUUUUGAGGAAGAGCACAACGUCUGGUUUUUGGACAAAGGUGGAGCUUUGAUUGCAGUUAAACAGCCCACAAUUCCCACUAGACAUCUUUGGAUCAGCUUUGAUGAAGGUCGUCAGUGGAUGCGCCACAGUUUCUCUGCCAUGCCGCUGUUUGUGGAUGGUGUUCUGGUGGAGGAAGGCGCAGAAAACCAGAUCAUGACGUUUUUUGGACACUUCAGCCAUCGGUCUGAAUGGCAGCUGAUCAAAAUUAAUUACAAGUCCAUAUUCACCAAAAGGUGCACAGAUGGAGACUACCAAACCUGGCACCUGCAUAACCAGGGUGAGCCAUGCAUAAUGGGUCAGAAGCAGAUCUACAUGAAACGUCGUCCAGGUAACUACUGUAUGGUGGGUUGGGACAGCUCCAGAAUCCUGUCUGCAGAACCCUGCAUCUGCAGAGCACAUGACUUUGAGUGUGAUUAUGGUUUUGAAAGACGAGGGGAUGGAAACUGUCUACCGGCAUUUUGGUUCAACCCCUCAUCUGUGUCUAAAAGCUGCAUCCAAGGACAAAACUACAUCAACAGCACAGGGUAUCGUAAAGUGGUAGCGAACAACUGCACCAAGGGAGUUAAAGAGAUGUAUACUGCCAGGAAGCAGCAGUGCCCGAAACGCCCACCGCGAGGUUUAGUCCUGACGACUCGUGACGACAAACUCACCACCAAAUUAGGCAGCAAUGUCACCUUCCUGGUGCGACUAGAAGAGGGGGACUCCAUGAGGACAAACAUUCAGCUGGACUUUGGAGAUGGCACAGCGGUUUCCUAUUCGAACCUAAGCUGGACGCAAGAGGGCAUCAGACAUAUGUACCGCAGUGCUGGUAUUUUCAGAGUAUCAGCGAUGGCGGAGAACAGCCUCGGGUUCGACGUGUCUUCACUCUACCUGCAUGUGACAUGCCCAGUGGAGCAUAUUCAGCUUUUGGCACCAUAUGUGGUCAUUAAGAAUAAGGAGGUGAACCUGACGGCAGUGGUCUGGCCUUCUCACUUCAGAACGCUCACCUACUUCUGGUGGCUGGGGAACAACACGGAGCCGAUUAUCACGCUGGACAGCAGCAUCUCCUACACGUUUAGCACUGAGGGUAUGAUCACCAUAACAGUUCAGGUCUCGUCAAGUGACUCCAUACUACAAGACACCAGAACCAUCGCAGUACAAGAAUUCUUCAAAUCACUUCUUUUAUCCUUCUCACCUAAUCUGGAUGAGGCCAACCCCGACAUGCCUGAAUGGAGACAGGAUGUUGGUCGGGUAAUUAAGAAGGCUGUUCUCCAAGUUGCUGAUGUUCCAGAGGAACAGCUGCUGGUCGCCGUGUUUCCUGGAAUUCCAACUGCUGCCGAACUCUUCCUGCUUCCUCCCAGGAACCAAUCAGAUGGCAGGAAAAGGAGCGAGGAGAAUCUAGAGCAGAUUUCAGAAAUCCUGGUCAGCUCAUUGAAUCAGAUCUCAGUGGAGUUUGAGUUAAAACCAGGCUCUCGGAUUAUUGUUUACAUCACACAAUUAACUUUAGCUCCUCUGGUUGACUCCAUCCCGAAACACAGCAGUUCUGCUAUGCUGAUGCUUCUAUCGGUUGUGUUUUUGGGUUUAGCUGUAUUCCUUAUCUACAAAUUUAAGAGAAAAAUCCCCUGGAUUAACAUCUAUGCGGAGGUGAACCAUGAGAAAGAGCAGGAGAUGAUUAAUACGGUGGGGCAAAAUGACACCACACCUAAAAUCGCCCUGAGUGAGUUCUCCACACAGAAAGAGCUGAUGGAGAAAGAGCUGGAAACCCGCGCCAAACGAGGAGUGAUCAACAUCAGUGAAAGCACAAGGGAGAUCCCAAAUUGUACGAGUGUCUGAAAAAGUCAGGACAAUGUGGUGGUGUAAUGUAAUAAUGUGUACAGAGGUAUCACAAUUUUAAAGGUCGACAGUUUUUCUUUUGCUUUUUUGUAAUUUGAAAACACUGUCAUUGUUAAUAGUUUUCUAAGGAGCUAAGAUUUGCAUGAGUGUCUUGUUUGGUACAAUCUGUGUGGAAAAUUUUAAAUGUACCUAACCACAUGCCAUUGAUUAUGAUUAAAGCAUCUUUAGUUAAUCCAAAAAUGGACCCACAUUCGAAAUUGAAUAUUUUGAAAAAUUUAAGUUUAAUGGACUGUUUCAUAAAAAGCCACAAUGCUAACAUAGUUUUUCCCCAUUGCACAGGUUAUAUUCACAUACAUUUGUUGUUAAAGGUCUCUCUCUCUCUCUCUCUCUCUCUCUCUCUCUCUUUCUUUCUGGUUGACAUUUUGGAAGAAGUGGCUUUUAGUGUAAAAUAAUUGUGACU